GUUUCUGCUUCUGAUUUCUCAGAUGUCAUGAAAAGGUUUAACAUGGAUGUGAUGAAGGAAGAACUGGAGCAGUUAACUCUGAAAUAUGAUUUAAGAAACAACGGAAAUUUGUCAUACACAGACUUCCUGCGCAAUGUCACAUUUGGACCAAAGCAGCAAGGAUCAGCUCUCCUUCAGAGAGUAAAACUGCAAAAGCCAAGGAUCCCAAUGAGCGUGGGAUUCCAUGGUUCCUCAUUCAUGGAUGCCGUACUCAGAAUCCAGCCAAAGAUAGUGGAUUGUUGGAGACCAAUGAGGAGAGCCUUCCAGUCCUAUGAUGAUGCAAGAACA